AUGAUGAUCCUAAAAAUGCGGCCCCUCCUCACUCUAUUCGUGUCCAUUUUUAUCCUACUAUUGUCUUUCUUUACUUUGUCGAAUGCUUUGUUCUUUCCACAGAGUGCUUUUUCGAAUCUUCAUGUCAAGUUUGACACGGUGGCAGACAUUCCAAAAGACUACUUUCAGCAGCAGAAAACAAUAUUUGGCGAAGUCGCUCGGGUAAUCGAUGGGGAUACUAUUCGAAUUGCACACUGUCGGUCUCGUUUUUCGUGUCCCAAAAUUGACAUAAAUCAGAAGAAGAUUUUCGACAAGACAAUGUCCAUUCGAAUUUAUGGUGUCGAUGCUCCCGAACUUCAAAAGCGGAAAUCGGACCCUCCGUCUCAACCUUUUGCGGAAGAAUCAAAGCAGCUGGCUUCUGAACUCGUGCUAGGAAAGAAGGUCACAGUUAAAUUGCUCCGUCGAGAUCAAUAUGGCCGAGCAGUUGCGAAGGUACAGACUCCCAGACGCUUCAACAGUUUUCCACCAUUUGUCAAGAAAGAUUUAUCUAUAGAACUCACAAAGAGAGGUCUAGCCACGCUGUAUACUGGAGGUGGAGCAGAAUAUGACGGAAAUCGUGCACUGUUGGAAUCAUUGGAGGAUAAAGCGAAGAAAAGUCGGAGAGGCGUUUGGUCUAGCGACAACUAUGUUUCCCCAGCAGAAUUUAAGAAGACGCAAAAGCUAUCAAAGCAGCAAGUAAAGAAAUAG